AGAGAAUUUACAGUCCUGUAUACUUCUUCAAGCGAGAUAGUACGUUUCUCCGCACAAACCAAACUGCAUCAACAUGUCAAACUUCUUUGGCUUAGCGUUCAUUCUUGUCGUGGUGGCCGCGAUGACGUCAGCUCAACGCGACCUGGAACGCUUCACCCCAGGCCGUCCAGUGCCAGGCGUGGCUCCAGGCAUCAGACCGCUGUCGGCUGGAGCCCAGACCAGACCUCUCCCCAGACCUCAGAUUCAGCCCGUGCCUCGACCUCCUCCAGUGCUCGUUCCUCAGUCUCUUCCGUCACAGCAGGGGGGCUUCGUGGUUCCGAACCCAAACCGCCCUCAGGUUCAGCCCCAACCUGUCGGAUAAACUCCAACUUCAGCCUGGCAUUACAGUCUAUGGUCUUAAACAGUUCAUUUUGAUCUGCAGAUUUUUUACACAUACCAUCUUGAGCAACAGAACGGAGGUCACUUAAUGCAACGUUUUUAUUUGGCCUCGCUCCCUUGUAAAGAUCUAAUGUUUCUGUUUCAGACAAACUAAAAAAAUAUCAUAUAAAACGUAGAAGCUUUGGUCUGAUCCGAUCACUUUUGAACUGUGGCUGAAAUAUCUCUGUUUAUAUAAGACCACACAUUUAGGAUUCCCGGCGUAAAUUUUUUUCCCACUAAAUUGUCAUCAUCUCAUAUUAUGCUACAUGAAAUAAAAUAUUUUAUUGAAUGAAUCGCAUAUGUACGGAUGGUCAGCUCAAAUUCUAGAGUAUAUUUUCGGUAUAUUGGAAA